GGCCCUCGCCUCUCCACCGAGGAGCGCUCUCCCCUUGGCCCCGCCCACUCCGGUGCCGCGCGUCGGGGCUGGUGGUGGAGGAGCAGAAGGAGGAGGAGGAGGAGGGGACGGCAGCCGGGAUAGGACAUGCACCGCAAGAGGCCGUUCAGCGCUAAGCAGAAGAAGAAGCAGCUGCAGGACAAACGGGAGAGAAAGCGGCAGGGCUUUCAAGAUGGCGUGAGGUCCAGCUCCAACAGCAGGAGUGGCAGCCACGACAGGCACGAGGACCAUACGGACACGUCGGACAGCGAGUCGUUCUCUCUGCAGGUGCGCAAGCUGAACCAGCAGCCUCAAGUCCGCAAGCCGGGAGAACAUGGCUACGAUCCCAACAGAUACCGGCUGCACUUUGACCGGGAGAGUAGAGAGGAGGUGGAGCGGAGGAAAAAGAUUGCCCGAGAGAAGAUCUUGGAGCCUGCUCCAGAAGUUGAGACAGAGGUGGACAUAGAAGACGUUUAUAAGACUGGUUCAGCACUGGAUUUUCCAAAACGCCCGCCCUGGAAUUAUCAGAUGACCAAGGACCAGCUCUUAGCCCGAGAGGAGAAGUGUUUUCGGGAAUAUCUCGAGAAUAUCUACAGUACAUUCCCACCAAGCCAGCUGAGCUACUUUGAGCACAAUUUGGAGACAUGGAGGCAGCUGUGGCGUGUCCUGGAGAUGUCCGACAUUGUGUUGCUCAUUACAGACAUACGGCACCCAGUCAUCAACUUCUCCCCAGCCCUCUAUGACUUCGUGACUAAGCAGAUGAAGAGGAACCUCAUCCUGGUACUGAACAAGAUUGACCUGGCUCCCCCAUCCCUGGUGGUGGCCUGGAAGCACUACUUCAAGAGCCGCUUCCCCGAAAUCCAUGUGAUCUGCUUCACUUCCUACCCGCAACAGGACCAAGAUCCCAGCACUGUGUUUAAGAAACGCCGGAAGCGUCGAAAGGGCUGGAGCAGAGCCAUGGGGCCCGAUCAGCUGCUGAGUGCUUGCGAGAGCAUCGUGGCUGGAAGAGUGGACUUGAGCAGCUGGAAGGAGAAAAUCGAGCGGGAUGCAGCUACCUCUCGCCUGCCGCUUGAGGACUCGGAGGAAGAGGACGACGACGACGAAAGCGCAGCUGUACUAGUGGAGCAUCAGACGGAUGUGGCCAUGGAGGCCGGGGGCUUCUCCCAGGAAAUCUAUAAGGAUGGAAUCCUGACAGUGGGCUGUGUAGGCUUUCCCAACGUGGGCAAGUCCUCGCUCAUAAAUGGCUUGGUAGGCCGCAAGGUGGUGAGCGUCUCCCGCACUCCAGGCCACACCAAGUACUUCCAGACCUACUUCCUGACGCCCACAGUCAAGCUGUGCGACUGCCCUGGGCUCAUCUUCCCCUCCCUUGUGGACAGAAAACAGCAGAUCCUGGCUGGCAUCUACCCUAUUUCCCAGAUCCAGGAGCCCUACACUUCUGUGGGGUUCCUGGCCAGCCGAAUUCCAGUCCAAGCCUUGCUCAAGCUGAAACAUCCGGACGCCGAACACGGGAAACCUGAGCCCCCGUGGUGCGCCUGGGAUGUCUGCGAAGCCUGGGCUGAGAAGCGCGGCUACAAGACCGCCAAGGGAGCCCGUAAUGACGUCUACCGAGCAGCCAAUAGCCUCCUACGCCUGGCAGUGGAUGGGCGCCUCUGUGUCUGCAUGAGGCCUCCGGGCUACUCUGCAAGGAAAGCCAUGUGGGAACACCACCCUGAAACAGCUGAGAUUGCCGCUUUGCAAGAGGCCCACCGCCAUGACGGCAAGCGCAGCUCUGGGGAGGAGGAAGAGGAGGAGGAAGACGAAAUCUCCAGCUCGGGAGAAGAAGAGGAUGACGAGAAAGACAGGGAUGCAGACGAAGAAGGCGAGGAGGAAGAAGAACCGCACUCGGCGCCCAAGAGCGGGCCUAGCCAGCCUGGCCCUUCUAGGAAGGGAAAGUUCGCUGGCCGGAACUUAUUUGCUUUGCUUGGGGAGGAUGAAUGUUAGCAGCUUCCCCUGAUGGACAGACUGAGAGGGGAUGGAUGGCUCUCUCCUCUCCCCCAUUCUGCUCCCGUCCCCCCCCCACACCCCAUGUUCAUUCUCAAGCUCCAGAGCCGCUGUAUAUCAAUAAAGGUGAUGUUUAUUUCCUG